UGCUGCCUCUCCCACUCUAAAGUCUCUGAGCUGCUCCGAGCUGCGGAGCUCACACAGUGAGGAGCAGCAGGAGCAGCAGGAGCUCCAUUCAUUCUCACGGAUUCUUCUCCUUCUUCUCCGAGCAAACAGAGAAUAAAACGCGCUGUUUUCUUUUUUAUUUAUUUUUCUUUCCUGCAUUUCCUGGUUAAUAAUGCCGCAGUGAGCCGGAGCGGAGCCGCUUUAUUCUCAUGUAAACGGGGACAGAAACUGUCGGAACGCUUCUGGAAGGUUACGCACCGAUUUUUUGUUUUUUUUGGAUAAAAGGAUACCAGCGGAGUCCACCUGGAUUAUUACUGACUGUUGAGGACAACAUGCCUCAGACUCCUCCGUUCACCGGCCAGCUGAACACCAGCAGCUACAACAAGAACCUGUACCAGAAGGACGAGGGCUACGCCGGACUCUAUUACCAUGACAACAACCUGGCCUCGGGCUCCCUGGAGGCCCUCAUCCACCACCUGGUCCCCACCAUAGACUAUUAUCCAGAUAGGACGUACAUCUUCACCUUCCUGCUCAGCUCUCGUCUCUUCCUGCGUCCCCAUGAACUCAUGUCUAAGGUUUGCCACCUCUGUAUGGAGCAGCAGCGGCUCAGCGACCCGCAGGCUGACAAGAUGCGAGUGCGUAAGAUCGCUCCUAAGAUCCUGCAGCUGCUGACGGAGUGGACGGAGACGUUCCCCUACGACUUCAGGGACGAGAGGAUGAUGAGGAGCCUGAAGGAGCUCACCCACCGGCUGGCCAGCGGGGACGAGGUUUACAGGAAGGCGGUCAGCCAGAUGAGUCAGGGUCUGAUCAGGAGGCUGACGGUGCUCAGCCAGUACGAGGAGGCGCUGGUCAAGAUCAACGCCACGGCGACCGAGCGGCUGACGGCUCUGAAGGCGAAACCUCAGGCGUCCAUCCAGAGAGACAUGCUGUCCAUCUGCAACGACCCCUUCACUGUCGCCCAGCAGCUCACACACAUAGAACUGGAGAGACUGAGUUACAUCGGACCUGAAGAAUUCGUGCAGGCCUUCGUGCAGAAAGACCCUCUGGACAACGAUAAGAGCUGCUUCAGUGAUCACAAGAAGGCCAGCAACCUGGAAGCUUAUGUGGAAUGGUUCAACAGACUCAGUUAUCUGGUGGCCACAGAAAUAUGCAUGCCUGUGAAGAAGAAGCACCGAGCUCGAGUCAUCGAGUUCUUCAUCGACGUGGCGCGCGAGUGUUUCAACAUCGGCAACUUUAACUCCCUCAUGGCCAUCAUAUCUGGGAUGAACAUGAGUCCCGUCUCUCGGCUCAAGAAGACGUGGAGCAAAGUCAAAACGGCCAAGUUUGACAUCUUAGAACACCAGAUGGAUCCUUCCAGCAACUUCUACAACUACAGAACGGCGCUGAGAGGAGCCACGCAGAGGUCCAUCACCGCCAACAGCAGCAGGGAGAAGAUUGUCAUCCCGUUCUUCAGCCUGCUCAUCAAAGACCUCUACUUCCUCAACGAGGGCUGUGCCAACCGGCUGCAGAGCGGACACAUCAACUUCGAGAAAUUCUGGGAACUGGCCAAACAAGUGAGUGAGUUCAUGGCGUGGAAGAAGGUGGAGUGUCCGUUUGAGAAAGAUCGUAAGAUCCUGCAGUACCUGCUGACGGCUCCAGUCUUCACUGAGGACGCGUUGUAUCUGGCAUCAUACGACAGUGAAGGUCCUGAGAACAACAUGGAGAAGGACAGAUGGAAGUCUCUGAGAUCUUCUCUGCUAAGCAGAGUCUAAACUUCUGAACUGAAGAAACCAGAACCAAGACAAACGGCGAGCAGCGAGCCGAGCCGCCGUUGUCUGGACGAAGUAUCCCGCGUUGAAGGGAAACGACAAUCUGUAGAGUGGCUGCUGAGGAUCUUUAUGUUCCCCGCAGCUUCUGCUGUUCCUCACCUCUCGCUCUUUGUGCUGUAUAUUUCAGGACAGCUGUUUUUUCCUCUCUUUGUAUGACUUUGUAGUCUUUUUUUUAUCAAAGAAGUGCUACAAACCUUCAGAAUAAAAGCCCAGGCUUCCUGUCUGGAGCCUUUUUUUCUCUCGUCGGGGUUGUUUGUUCCCCCCUCUGCUACUUUUCAACACAUUUUUUCCACUGAUGCUACAAAGUUAGCCGCUGGCAGGCUAACUGAACAAAAAAACUACAACGCUACUCGCGCUGGUUCCAUAAACCAGCAAUGUUUGUAUGGAAAACUCUCCCGCAACACUGUUGUUCAUCAUGAAGCUCCAGCCUUUAUUUCUAGUUUUCCUUUUGUGCAUCUUCAUGUUUCUGAAGGUUUUUUGUUAAUUGUGACGUGUAAGAAAAUGCACCGGCUGCAUUUUAAAGAUGUUUGUGUUGUAUAAAGUUUAGUGGUUUUCUGAAGCAGGAAGCAUGUUGUUUCUCUUUAACACACUCAGGAAGCUUCAACAUGUCUCUCUAUGGUUAAACAAAAUCUACACACUGCAAAAAAGGUGUGUUUAAAAACCAGAUAAAAACUAAAUCUGAGGGAAAUGAUCUUGCUGCAUGGACAGAUCAUUUCACAAUGCAUUACUGCAUUUCUACCAUUAAAACUGGGGGCGCUGUUGCGUUAUUCUACCAUUAAAGCCAGGAAAGAGGAUACGUCAUUUUGUAGUAUUUGUAGUUUAGUAGGAAAUUCUAAAUUAAAAAGACAGUUUUGGCAGAAUCAAACCAUUAAAUUCCACCUAUUUUCGGUCUCUUGAAUUUAAUUAAAUUAAAUUAUAGCUAUUUGGAUUAAAUGUUUAUGAAUAAUUGUCAACACGUCAAGAUAAAAUACUUUUUAGGUAGGG